AUGGCUCCACAUGGUAAGGAACUGCCUGAACAGGACAUAGGAUCUAUUGGACCAGACAGGAACUGGAAGGGCAUUGGCAUCUCUCUGCUGGUUAUUUUGGCGGUGCUCUCAUUCAUUGGACUGGCAAUUGUUCUGCUGUCAAAAGAUGAUGGUGGUAAACCCUUUGGUUCACAGUUGACACUGGAUGACCUCUUUCAAAGAAGCUUCCAAAUACAUGACCCUGAUGCAAAAUGGAUUAGUGGGGAAGAAAUAAUCUUUCGGAGCUGGAAUGGAGAAAUUUUGAAAAUCUCUACACACAGCAAUGAAACGGAACUCCUGCUGAAAAACACAACAUUUGCGACUUUUAAGGCCUCAAAGUUUGCAGUUUCUCCAGAUCUGAACUUUGUUCUUCUAGGAUAUGAUGUCAAGCAGGUCUACCAGCACUCUUUCUUAGCAUCGUACCUGAUCUACAACCUGUAUACAAGAGAGGUCCGGGAGCUGAAUCCUCCAGAAGUGUCAGACUCAGUCCUCCAGUUUGCCUCAUGGGGUGUUCAUGGUCAACAGCUGAUAUAUAUAUUUGAAAACAACAUUUACUACCAAACAGAUGUUCAGAGCAGCUCGUGGAGGCUCACGUCUUCUGGACAGGAGGGGAUCGUCUUCAAUGGCAUCGCAGACUGGCUGUAUGAGGAGGAGGUGUUACACACCCAGGCGGCCCACUGGUGGGCACCUGAUGGAUCCAGACUGGCCUACCUCACCAUCAACGACUCCCUGGUCCCUAACAUGCUCCUGCCUCGCUUCACAGGAUCUCUCUACCCCAGAGGGAAGGAGUACCCUUACCCAAAGAUGGGUCAAAUCAAUCCCACUGUCAGACUCUAUGUCGUCACUCUAGAUGGCAGCUCCCUAACAACUGAACUGAGACCUCCUGAUAGUUUUGAAAAGAGUGAGUAUUAUAUUCCAAUGGUGAAAUGGGCGACGCAGGAGAGGCUGAGUGUGCGUUGGGUGAAUCGAGCUCAAAACAUGUCAGUUCUUUCACUGUGUGAUGUCACCACAGGUGAUUGCACAAAAAAACAUGUGAUGACAUCAGAGAAGUGGCUUGAUCGUAAGAAUGAGGAGCCAAUAUUUUCCAAAGAUUGCACAACAUUUUUCAUCACUAUGCCCUUAAAACAUGGUGGCCUUGGGACAUUCAACCAUAUCACCAUGAUCUCCAACCAAUCUGAGGGUCAAGAGGUCAACCUCCGCCACCUGACCUCAGGAAGUUGGGAAGUCUCUCAAAUUCUGGCCUAUGAUGAGACCACCAACUCACUUUAUUUCCUAAGUACAGAGGAAGGCUCGACACAGCGGCAAAUGUACAGGGUCUCAACUGUGGAUCCCUUCUAUAAAGAGUGCCUCACCUGCACCCUCUUUAAAUCAAAGUGCACCUACUAUGACGCUGUCCUCAGCCCAAACUACCAACAUGUUCUUCUAAACUGCAGAGGUCCUGGAAUACCCCAAUCUACUCUUCACAAAAUAAAUGAUAUGAACAAGCACAAGAGUCUUGAAAGGAACACAGUAUUAAAACAUGUACUGAUGAACAGGACAAUACCCAAGUGGGAACGAAGAACUGUACAAAUCAACAACUUUGCACUUCAUCUAGAGUUAAUUGUCCCAGUAGAUUUGGAUGACACAAAGGAGUACCCACUUUUAUUGGUUCUUGACAGUGCCCCCGGUGGUCAGGCAGUGAGUGACCGCUUCUCUCUCAGCUGGGACUCUGUCCUGGUCAGUUCUGACAACAUCAUCGUGGCUCGUCUGGACAGCCGUGGCAGCGGCUUCCAGGGUCAGAGGAUCCUGCACGAGGUUCACCAGAGACUGGGAACUGUAGAUGUCCAGGACCAGAUCGCGGUUUUGGAGCACCUGAUCAGGCUGCCCUAUAUUGAUGGCAACAAAGUUGGGGUUUAUGGAAAGGCGUAUGGAGGCUUCCUGUCUUCGCUCCUGCUCCUUUCCCACAGCUCUAUGUUCAAGUGUGGCAUUGCUGUGGCUCCCAUAACAAACUGGAGACUCUAUGGGUCGGCCUUCACUGAGAAAUACUUUGGAUUUCCAUUGAAAGUGGAUCAAAAAUACCAAAUUUCCACUCUGCUCAAUAACAUCACAGUAUUGAGUCCACUGAACUUUCUUAUUAUCCAUGGCACAGCAGAUGCCACUGUUCAUUUUCAACAUUCUGCUGAGUUGGUCAAACUGCUGUCUGCAUCAAAUGUUAACUACACUCUCCAGAUUUUCCCAGAUGAAGGACACAACAUUGUUUCUGUCAAGAGCCAGCACUACAUGCUAAACUCAGUGCUCGCCUUCUUCAGGCACUGCUUUAAGGAGGACAACGUUUUUGUCCCGGAGAAAUCCAGAGAAGAUGACUAG